CGGUUAUCAUGGUACUACAAUUGUUUAAGCGCCUCAAUUAACUGCUGGUCAAUCGUCGUCAUCCAUCCCCGCCCAGUACCUUGUACUUUAUCUUACCAUCGGCACCUGCAGCCACCCACGUCCGUUUGCUUGCCAGUUCUCCCGGAUCCUUCUCCGACUCGAACACCAUCCAUCAGCUCUAGUUCCCAAUCCCCUCCGGCUACGUCACGGAGGAUGAGGAUCCGGAUCCGUGGUCCCGGGGGACAGACCAUGGUCACGUUGGAUGACGACGCGACAAUUGAUGACCUUCGCAGUCAGAUCGCAGAGAAAACAGGGCUAGCCACUUAUGAUGUGAAGUAUGGAUAUCCCAAUAUCAAGCCAUUGCUGCUGGAGGGGUUUCUAUCGGACCAGAGGAUUGUAGAUCUCGGGGUCAUCUUGAACGGGGAACAACUCAUCGUCAGCAAGAAAGAAGACUUGAUUCAAGCAGUAAGCAGCAACAGCGACGAACCUCCAACGACGAAGAAACCACUGUCCCAGAACUCACACGUCGGGAAAAGGUCCCCCGAUGACCCGCCAGAGGUUGCUUCCCCCCAGCAUAGCGGCACUUUCGUUCUCCGUAUUAUGCCUGAUGACAACUCCUGCUUGUUCCGUGCAGUGAGCAGUGCGAAUAUGGGGGGUGUGGAUGUCAUGACAGAGUUGCGAUCUGUCGUCGCACAGGCUAUCCAGGCCAACCCAGAUCUUUAUUCUGAGGCAGUGCUUGAGAAGAAGCCCGACGACUACUGCCGCUGGAUCCAGAAUGAGGACUCGUGGGGUGGCGGUAUUGAACUAAGCAUUUUGAGCAAGCAUUUCGAUAUUGAAAUAUGUUCGAUAGAUGUGCAGACCCUCCGGGUCGAUCGAUUUAACGAGGGCCGCCCAUUACGAUGUAUCCUUGUCUAUUCAGGAAUUCACUACGAUGCAAUUGCCUUGUCGCCUUCGAGUUCUCCUUUCACACGCACCGAUGCCCCUCCUGAGUUUGACACCAUGGUCUUCGAUGCGCAAGACCCGAUAGUGCUUGAGAAGUCGCUGGAGCUUUGUCAGGUUUUGCAGAACAAGCAUUACUACACCGACACGGCCUCGUUUCAUCUCCACUGCAACGUAUGUGGUCGGACAUUCAUCGGCGAAAAGGGUGCCACCCAGCAUGCUGAACAAACUGGGCACGCUGAUUUCGGGGAGGCUGGCUAAAUCCGGGGUGUUAGUUCUCGAAUUUUAUAUAUACGACCCACAAAUGUCACCAGUCUAUCUGGGAACGCGUCUUCUUGCCUUGAUUGAGAAUACACCUUAUCGCUCUUGUUCUUUCUCCUAUUAUCCAAUCUGGCCCCUCCAUACCAUUUCUCACUUUGUACCGACCCCCCGCUUGUGUGGAUUUUUGGACAGACUUUAGACGCUAAGUAUUGAUUGUCCGGCCAAUAGGUGUAUAAACCAGAUGGGUAUUUACUAUUGUCAAUAGCGGGUGAUCAAUGCCCGGCCUUUUGUGGUUCUAUCGCGUCAUAAUCAUAAAUUACACCAAGGGCUCUAU